AUGGAUGCGGCGGCGGCGGCGGUGUCGGUCGAGAUUGUUGAAUGUGCUUACAAUUGCAGGAUCAGCGCAAGGGUUGGGGCAACAAUGGGUCGUGUCAUUCGAGCUCAGCGAAAGAGCGGUGGUAUCUUCACCGCUCACACCAAGCACAACAAGGCUCCCGCCAAGCUCCGUGUUUACGACUACGCCGAGCGCAACGGUUACAUCCGAGGUGUUGUCAAGGAGAUCAUCCACGACGCCGGUCGUGGUGCUCCCCUUGCCAAGGUCGCUUUCCGUGACCCUUACAAGUACCGCACCCGUGUCGAGACCUUUGUCGCCACCGAGGGUCUCUCCACCGGCCAGUUCGUCUACUGCGGUAAGAAGGCCGCCCUCAACGUUGCCAACGUCCUCCCCCUCUCUUCGCUCCCCGAAGGUACCAUCGUCUGCAACGUCGAGGAGAAGUCCGGUGACCGUGGUUCGCUCGCCCGUACCUCGGGCAACUACGCCACCAUCAUCGGUCAUGACUCCAACGGCAAGACCUCGCGCAUCCGUCUUCCCUCCGGUGCCAAGAAGACCGUCCCCUCCACCUCGCGUGCCACCAUCGGCAUCGUCGCCGGCGGUGGACGUAUCGACAAGCCCUUGCUCAAGGCCGGUCGUGCUCACCACAAGUUCAAGGUCAAGAGGAACUCGUGGCCCCGCACUCGUGGUGUGGCUAUGAACCCCGUCGACCACCCUCACGGUGGUGGUAACCACCAGCACAUCGGCAAGCCCUCGACCCGUUCGCGUUUCGCCCCCGCCGGUCAGAAGGUCGGUCUCAUCGCCGCUCGUCGUACCGGUCUUAUCCGCGGUACUAUCAAGACCAAGGACGCUUAA